AUGGCAUCAGAGAAGGAGCUCGUCGCCAAGUUGGUUAUGGCUGACCCUGGCCUUCCACGGCCUAAUCCAACCCAAGCGUACUGGCAACACGUCCCCCAUGCCCUCGCAAAUGCACAAUCGGCCAGCUUGCCCACGGACAGAGACUUUGCCGUUAUCGGAUCGGGGAUCACGGGUCUUUCGGUGGCCAAAACUCUACUGGAACGUCAUCCUGCGGCGACUGUCACUGUUUUGGAAGCUCGCACGCUGUGCUCUGGUGCAACGGGUCGCAAUGGUGGCCAGAUGGCAGCUAAUGUGGGAGAAGAGUACAUGGAUUUGGCCGAAGUUCAUGGGCCAGAGAUGGCGGGCAACGUCGCCAAGUUCACCUUUCGAAAUUUGGAAAUGAUGCGGGAGUUGAUUGAAGAGUACGAUGCAGUGGAGACAAGUGAGAUGCAAAAUCUCAGGAAACUGCGGGUCUUCUUGACCGAAGACAAGUUCAAUGAUUUCAAGAAAAGUAUUGCACGUCUAGAAGCAGACCAUCCCUCGUUGGGCGGACUAUACACGAUUUUGGACCGAGAAAGUGUGUUCAAGGACCACGGAAUCCAUGGUGCAGCUGGGGGUGCUUUGCUUCCAGCUGGCACGGUGUGGCCAUAUCGACUGGUUACGAAAAUAUUUGCAGCCCUCAUGAAGAAAUACCCAGAUCGAUUGGCCAUUGAGACAAACACACGAGUCGAGUCCGUCGAGCACAGUGACAGUUUUGCCACUCCGAUCACUUCCGUUUUCCCUUACACCGUUCGCACUUCUCGCGGACCGAUGCGAGCAGGGAAUGUGGUUUACUGUACCAAUGGAUAUAGUGGGCAUCUCCUCCCUCAACUACGAGGACGCAUUCAUCCCUUCAAAGGCACCAUGACAGUUCAAGAUCCUCAGAAGGCCAUGCCUAAUCAAGGAACUUCUGUGUCUUGGGGCUUCCACUACCCGCCAAGGUACGACCCGGAGACCAGAAUAUGUGGCCAGGGGUUGUAUUACCUUGGCCAGAGUGCCAAAACGGGAUACUUUUACUUUGGAGGUGAAGAGGCCCGGAUGGAUGAGACUAUAUCUGCCGAUGAUAGCGUUGUAGGAGAGCACUCGGUUGCUCAUUUGCGCUCCGUGUUACCGCAGUUCUUUGGCCGGAAUGGUGCAGCCCCGUGGAAACUGGUCAGUUCCUGGAGUGGGAUAAUGGGCCUCUCGUCUGAUGGCUUGCCAUUAGUCGGGCGCCUCCCAUCGACACUUACCGGUCGGACAGGGACAGGGGAGUGGAUCGCCGCUGCCUUCAACGGCUACGGCAUGGCCAAUUGCCUGAUGAGUGGCGAGGCGCUCGCCUUGAUGAUCUUAGGGGAGGACGUGAGCGACUGGCUUCCAGAUGCAUAUGGACUUGGUGAGAAGAGAUUGCAAGGGACUCUGACGCCUCCAGAGGCAAUCAAGGCGCUGAGUGCAAAUCUGUAA